AUGUCCAUACCUACAAUCACCAACAGCGCCGAUAUCACCAGAGAUGCCAAAACACGUCCAAACUCCCCUACCCAUGGGAUGGUCGAUAAUGGGAACAAAGGACCAGUUCCUAUUAGCUCAAGGAAUGACAAAAAGGUUUCAGAAGAACCUUCCAAACCACCUCCCAAUACCCCUACUCGUCGAACGGCCGAAGAUGGGAGCAAGGGACGAGCUUUUACUGGCCCUGGGAGUGACAAGGACGCUCCGGAAGAUCGGGUAGACAGGAGUACCGAACCGAAUCACCUAGAGCAACAGCCCAAAGAGGAGAAACACCAGCUGUCCACUGCCGAGAAAUCCCGAUUUUGUUCCAGUGAGCGUGAGCAGAAGCCACGCCCUGACUCUAUUCCUUCACCAUAUGAUCCUUUAUUCCUUGAUGAUUCAAGAGUUCUGAGCAAUAAAUCUGAACGCAUGCCUUCUCCUGCCACAGACGCAAAAGUGAGGGGUAAAAUGGCGAUGCAAAAGCGCAAAAUAGAGAAUGAGAGUCCCAACGGUACAAAACGAAAGAAAACAGAAAAGGCGAUCAUUACAGCCAUGGCCCAGGAUCGAGGAUAUAUCAUCAUCCAGCGAAAAAAAAGCAAACUGCAGGAAGACAACGAGUUCCCACCAAAAAAGCUAUUCGAAGCAUUAGAGAAUGAAAUCGGAAAGGAGAGGUUCCAGGACCUGCGGAGGAGCACACUGGCGCUGCCUGGCGUUCCAAUCGACGGAGGAGAGGCCAGUGAAGCAUUGCUGAAUUAUGGGAUCGAUUUUUCCGACCCUUCUGAUCCCGAAUUGAACCCUUUCUUCCAAGAUGUCCUCGGCUGCUCUUUUUGCGAAGCAGAUAAAGCCAUGCUAAAAGUUAUAUUCUGGGCAAGAAACGAAACCAAGUUGCGGCGUUACACCGCCGGCCGUCCCAGUACAGCCUACAUAUACUGCCCGGCAACCGCUGAAGGGCUCAACGAUGGCAAUGGUCUGUUUCGCAUUGUGGAAGGUUCCCACAAAAUGACGAGGGGCAAUAUAGAUCGCACCGAAGCUACACCGAUCUGUCUGCAAUCAAAUGAAAUAUUAAUUAUGUCCGCUGAACUAAUGAUAGAGUAUCCGCAAACCGGGGGAGGGGUUGGUGUCUGGAUGCGGGUAUCCCGUCGAGAAGGAAAUCACAUCCGCUAG